CGUAAUUUCCGAAAUAGAUAGCGGUUACUUAACCCAAAAUUUAAUUGAAACUUCCUUUGAUAAAAUUCAUAUAAAAUUUGAUCAAACAUUGUUUCAUGUAUUAUUCGAUAUAACUAGAGAAAGGAACUUUCUACGAAGCAUCGAAAUGUUGAUGAAAUGUACUUUUCUUCUUCUGGUCUUGACGUCGGUUGUGAUGUCACUAGACUUGCAAGAAAUCGACAAAGAAUGGAAUACUUUCAAAGCAAAAUACAACCGAUCGUACAACACAAGGGGAGAGGAACACUACAGAUAUUCGGUUUUUACUCAAAAUUUCAAGACAAUUUACUUCCACAAUAAGGCGGCUGAUCUUGGAGGCUAUACGUACUGGUUGGGAGUAAACCAAUUUGCUGAUAUGACAUCAAAGGAGUUCAAGGGGAGUUAUGCCAAUCUCAAGUUAGACUCAAGCCAUAUCCAAACUAAUACCAGUCAUAAACGAAGAGCAAAGAGGUGGGAUAAUGUAUACCCAUUACCUGAAGAAGUUGACUGGAGAGACCAAGACUGCGUCACAGAAGUGAAAGAUCAGGGGCAAUGUUGUAGUUGCUACGCCUUUGCAGCAGUCGGGGCAUUAGAAAGUCAUACUUGUCUGAAAUUCCCAAACAAAGCAGCGGAGCCGUUGUCAGAACAGAAUAUUUUAGACUGCAGUAAACCAUUAGGUAACCAUGGUUGUGACAAUGGUAAUCCAUUCAUGGCUUUAAAAUAUGCAAUGGAAAAGGGACUAGACACAGAAGCUUCUUAUCCCUAUAGAGGGAAGGUCGGUGAAUGCAAUCAAUCUCAGGGGAGGCUUGGUUCCUGGGUGGAAGACAUCGAAAUGAUAUGGACACAUGGAGACAUUGAAAGUCUGAAGGAGGCUGUUGCUAUAGAAGGUCCUGUAGUCGUGUCCAUCGACACAGACGAUGACGCAGACACAUUUCGACUGUAUAGUAAUGGCGUUUAUAACAACCCUAAAUGUAAGAAUGAAAUAAUAGAUCUUGACCACGCCCUACUGUUGGUAGGAUAUGGAAUUACGGACGAAGAUCAACCGUACUGGCUCUUGAAAAACAGUUACGGUGUCGACUGGGGGGAAGAAGGUUACUUGAGAAUGAUACGGAAGGAGGACGAGAACACAUGUGGAAUAGCAACUUUUGCAAUGUACCCAACCUUAUAAAAAUACAGCAAUUUUGGUAUUUCAUGCAUUACCGCAGUAAAGCUGUUUGAAUAAUAAACAUGACAAGAAAAAAAAUGGACUAUACUAUUCGGGAAUAUUGCUGCCUUAAUGCUUUUGUUUGUGUCCUUUUAAGUGUACUUACCUGAUUGCUUUCUUUUAUUUGUGUUUACAUGUAUUGAUUUAUUUAUCUUAACUCAUUGCUAAAUAUCUUGACAUUUGUUUGACAAAAAAAUUGUAUAUCUUUUAUUUCGGUAAAUAUAAUUAAUUUAUUCAUUCAUAGUAGACCCGAUUGCAAAAUUUAUUCAUUCAUAGUAGACCCGAUUGCAAAAUUGAUCUGGAAUGGACAUUUGUAUCCCAUAUCAUUACGACAUCGUGAAAUUACGACACUGCGAAAUAUAUCAUCAGAAAGUCAUUAAGUGUCAUAUACCAGUUAAGAAAAGUGACGUACAUGUACACCUGUUAGACACAGUGAUGUACGAGGUAUAGUCAAAAAGUUCCCGGUCUCUUACGAUAACUUUGUUAUUUUGUGUAUGUUUUUAUAAUGACAUAUAUCACAUUAAAAUUUAGAGAAAUCGCUGCAUGAAUAUAUAAGAGUCAAUGAUUUUCAUAAAUGUUACACAUAUUUAACAUCCCGUUAAAGUUACACACUAUGUCACGUACGGAGCACUUCGGCGACGUCGACGACGCUAACGACGUUCAGGUGACGUUCAUACUCCAGGAACAACUUACCGUCACGUUCAUGCUUUUUCAAAAUAGUCCCCAUUGUGUUCAAUACACUUCCUGUGCCGCUGUACCCCCUUCCUGUAAAUGUCUGCAUACCACUCUGGAGUGUAACUUCUUAUUGCGGACCUCACAGCAUAUUUGAGCUCAUCUUCUGUAUCAAACCUCCGACCCCUCAAAUCUGCUUUCAGUCUAGGGAAAACACAAUAGUCUAUGGGGGCGAGAUCGGGGCUAUAAGGGGGAUGACGUAGCCGCUCAUAUCCUAAGAAGUCAAUAGUAAGGAGUAUCUCGUCUGCGCGGUGUGCUGUAGCGUUAUCUUGGUGAUAAAUUAAAUUUUCGAUGUCGCACCCUGCUCGCUUUUUCCUGAUAGCGUUCGUUAGAUCUCUCCGCACAACCUGUUAAUAACAAAUUCAUUUUAUUUGAAACUACCACAAAUGCGCCAAAUUAUAAAAAUAAUAGUUUCUUUCACUUUUUGUUACAUUGUAUAUUUUAUAUACUUUUCACCUUACAUAUAAAUAAACAUAGAAAUUUAGUAAAAACAUUUCAUGCGACAUAAUUAAUGCUUAUCUUUUGAUAGUACUCUUUGUUGACUGUCGCCGAUCUUGGCACCGCAUGUUGCAACAGCAUACCCUGGCUAUCAAUGAAGAAAAUAUACAUAACAUUCUUCGCCGACUUGCAGGUUUUCGCCUUCGUGGGGGGAGGUGAUGAAGGUCGCUUCCACACCAUCGACUCUCGUUUACUCUCCGGGACGUAAAAGUUCACCCACGUCUCAUCCGUAGUGAUAAUGCGCCUUAGGAAUCGUUCGCCGCCGUAAAAAUUCUCGGGAAGCGUCUACACGGGUUGCUUUGUUUUCAUCUGUAAGUAACCUAGGUACCCAGCGGGCGCAUACCUUAUUCAUGUUUAAAUCCUUCGUGCACUAUCGGUAAUUUCCGUAUGACCUUCCCUAAAACGCUUGUGCCAGUCAAACAUAAGUGUCCUAGAACAAUUAUGAACACCCUCCUUCUGAUUCAAAAACUUCCAAGUAUCAGUCGGAGUCAUUCCAGACAUCGCACAGAAUUUUAUUACUGCCCGCUGCUCCGUACGUUUUUCUGAGGUUGACAUUUUUUCGUAUAGAAAUUUUCACGUGGCUUGAAUAAUCGUGUACAAAAUGGCGAUACGUCAUCCGAUCACGCUGAAUUUUUGCAGUUGUUUACUAGUAACGUUCAGCUGACGUCACGUACAAAAAUCACGAUGUUCUGGCGCCAGUAUUUUGAGACAUUCAUGAGGGAGUAUUAUUCACUUCUAGAAAAAUCAAAUUAAUUCUAAAAUGCUCCGUACACGGGUUGCGGGCGUGUUUCAUGUGAAAAAUAAUUUCCAUAUAUUUACUAAAUUGAUUUUUUUCAUACAUGUUGCUACUCAAAUUAGUUAAAAAUACCUUCACGGUAAAUUUCAUGACAAUCGGACGACAAUAAUCAUUUUAAACAGACCAGUCCGGGAACUUUUUGACUAUACCUCGUAAUUACAAACUGUGCUAUAUACAAAUUUAAUUAAUACAUAUACCAGUCAAUCAUUGUGUCAAAUAUAUAUCAUUAAGACAUGGUGUCGUAUAGACAUACCCAGUUAAGGAACUUUAUAAAUACCAGUGAGACGCGAUGAAAAAUUGUAGUUACACAUUGUGCAAUAUUGUACCAGUUAGACACUGUCUUUAUCGGUUGAAUAGUUGUGCUAUGACGACCCAACUGCUUCCUAUAAACCAAUAGUCACGUGAAUUUUAAGCUAUAAUUGUAGUGAUGAAAAUGUGGAAAAUAAAUCAGACUCACGGAUUUUCACGGACAUGGCCUAUUCUCGUAGUACAAUCAAAGGGCUCUGUGGUAUUUUCUGAUCUUUGCAAUCUAAAUCGCACUGUAUAUCUGUAUUAUUUUCCUGUAUAAGUUUAUUUUUAUGUACUAUAAUUCUUCUUGCAGGGCACCAGAGUUUGAUACAUACGGAAUUUUGCAUGACUAGAGUUGCAUCAAAAUAUCAUUUAUGUUCAUUUUUAUGACAGCCACACUUUAUCCUAAAGUGGCUACUUCCUUAACAAAGAAACUUUUAAAAAAAAUAAGAAAAUAGCUGCAUUACAUGGGAUUUGAACCCCAGACCUCUGACACUCUGAACGAGCUCGUUACCCCUGCACCACGGAGACCUUAUACAAAGAGCAUGAAUAAAAUCAAGUAAUACUAAAUCAAAGUGAGGUUAUCUUUUGUCCAUCGAUGCGAGGUUAUCUUUUGUCCAUCGAUGUGAAGUAAUCUUUUGUCCAUCGAUGUGGGGUUAUCUUUUGUCCAUCGAUGUGGGUUUAUCUUUUGUCCAUCGAUGUGAAGAAAUCUUUUGUCCAUCAUGUGAAGUAAUCUUUUGUCCAUCGAUGUGGGGUUAUCUUUUGUCCAUCGAUGUGAAGUAAUCUUUUGUCCAUCAAUGUGAAGUAAUCUUUUGUCCAUCGAUGUGGGUUUAUCUUUUGUCCAUCGAUGUGAAGUAAUCUUUUGUCCAUCGAUGUGGGGUUAUCUUUUGUCUAUCAUUGUGAAGUAAUCUUUUGUCCAUCAAUGUGAAGUAAUCUUUUGUCCAUCAAUGUGAUGUAAUCUUUUGUCCAUCGAUGUGGGGUUAUCUUUUGUCUAUCAUUGUGAAGUAAUCUUUUGUCCAUCAAUGUGAAGUAAUCUUUUGUCCAUCAAUGUGAUGUAAUCUUUUGUCCAUCAAUGUCAGGUAAUCUUUUGUCCAUCAAUGUGAAGUAAUCUUUUGUCCAUCAAUGUGUGGUAAUAUUUUUUCUAUUCGGUUAAAAGGUGGUGACUACCGGUUAAAUGUAAACAAAACAAUGUUGUAUUUUGGCUAAAGGCUUUCACGAUUUUUAUAGCGAUGUAAAUGUUAAAUUCGUAUAAUUGAGUUACUGUUGCAUUCAUGAAGGAUAUGGAAUUUUAUUAAAAUAUGUAAGUUUGAAUUUGAAUGUUGCAUAAAGAGGUUAUCUUGAACUUUUAGAAAUUGAAUGUGUGGAGAGACUUUUUGUGAGCAAUUUGUGAGCGCAAAAUAGCCUGAGGGUCUACCGUCCCUGACAAAAUUUGCGGUCACGCAUGACUGAGCCGCUAUUGGCUUUAAUAUGCUUUUGUUGAACAGUGUGAUAUUUAUAUAUUUAUGGAAGAUUUAUGUUGAAAUUAUUUAUGUAUCAUGAUGAGCUCAAAUGAAAGCCAGAAAACGUUCUUCAACUGCUAGUGAAUUAGAUGCCAGUGACAAUAUUGACAAUCAACCUGUUUACCCAGUUUUUAAACAAAAAGGUAAAAAGACUAAAACUAAAAAGUAAAGCACAGUAAUCCAAAACCUCAAUCUAAUAGCACGCCCAAAAAUAAUUGCAUUAUGGACGACAGCUCGGUGUAUAAUACUUCUGCAUGUUUAAAGGAAACUUUAUACGUAACAAAAUUUGAAAAGCAGCUGGCAGGCAUCAGUAUUCAAUUAUCAACACUCCUAUCCAAAGAUGAUACCACUUUCAUAAAGAAAAUUAUCGAAGAUAAAAUGAAUGAAAUGAAAGUAAGUUUCCUUAGUGCAAUGACUAAGAGAGUAGAGGUUUUCGAACAUGACGUCCAUACACAAGCUCAGACAAUUGAAAAACUAGAACAAAAGAUUUAAUUAUAAAUGAACUCAAAGAAAAAGAUCAACCACUAUACGAAAAAUUUGAAAACGAGUCCGAACAAUACAGUCGCAGAAAUAGUUUUCGAAUCUUUGGCAUUACGGACGAUUGCAAAAAUUAAUAGACACAAUACAAAAAGCAAAUCAGAUCUUGUUCUGCAGAAAGCAGAUAUUGACAUCAGCCACAGACUUGGAAAAUACAAAGUCGGCAAGCAUGGGCCAAUUAUAGUUAAAUUUGUAAGACGCCAAACAAAAGUCGAACAUUUCAACAGGUCAAAACACCUGAAAGAACAUAAGAUUUAUGUCAACGAAGAUUUGACGAAAAUGAACGCGGACAUGUUGGCAUCCUGUCGUGUAAAAGACAAGUCAAAUGUUGAAAAAGCGUGGUCUUUUGAAGGAAACAUUUACGUGAAAUAUGCAUCACAGGGAUUUGCUACUCAAUUGCAAUUAAACUACCGCUAUUGGUUACAUCUUCCGUGGCCGGAAAAGGAUAAAACACAUGCUCAGGAUUAAAGCAAAAGCCAAGGAUACUCUACAUCUAAACAGCCAUAUAGUUCUAUGCCUCAAACAACAAUCCAGACCCCUACGCAGUAUUCCAAACCAGGACUGUCUUAUGCAGCCGCGGCCAAAAGACCUAUCACUUAUUUUCAAAAAGAAAAACAUAUUGUGUUCACAAACAAGUGAAUCGUUACGUGAUUAAAGUUAAUUCCCUUUGACCGAUUUCUUCAUCCUGUAUGCAGAAUGUGCUAUAUAAACAAUAAACUAAAAUGAUGACAACGACGAAGAUCUUGUUUCUUAUAACGUAUAAAAAUACUAAAAUUGAUGUAAAUAAUUUAGCGAAAAUCUUCUCCCUAAAACAGUCCGACAUGUAUAUAUUCCACUACUCGACAGUGUAAUACGCUCUGAGGUAUUCGGUAAUCGACAUCGCUAAAAAUAGCAUUUUCAUAUUCAUCCGCGUAAUUGGUGAAUUGACAAUUCUAUAAGCCAACGCUUCUUUUAAACUUUGAAUGCGUUGUAAUUUGUUUGAUACUUGUAACAAAAUAAAAAUAUUUCUUUCUUUAACAUCGCUAGUUUUGAGCUGUUAUGAGAACUACUUGUUGUUAGGUUUGUCGUGAAAAUUCUGUUUCAGAGAUUGAAUGUCAGCAUUUAAUUUUCUGAUCUGCGAUCAGAGACAUAGAUAACAGAGAUAAGCAGCUCCUAUUUACUCCAUUGAAAUAUCACUCAUGCCUAUCAAAGAGUGAAAAAUUAGGCAUUUUGAAGCAAAUAAAACUUAAUGGAUUUUCAUUUGAUCCUUUAAUAUUAUAUACCAUUUGAAAGGUAAAUCGUUUAUCUAUUGCUGCAUGUUAAAAUAUUAGUAACUUUCCAUGCAUUUCACUUAGAAAUAUUGUUUUUUUUCGUCAUAUGAAUAGUUUUGUAACAAAAAUUAUUAGUAGUUCUCUUUAAAAAUUGAUGUAUCAUUAUUUAAAUGGGAACUGUAAAUAUUUUUACUUGCAGCCAUAGACAAAUGCAUAAGCUUCCAGAAAAUGUAUUAUUUUACUGAUUUUGAUAUUUGGUUAAUAUGUUUUAAGUUUAGCAGUCCCGCGUGAUAUUUUAACUGGCCAGGAAGUUGCCAAUCUCUGUUGCAAAAAUCAAUAAAACUAUGAAAUUCAAUGUCGCGACAAUUUCUAGUUUCUACAUACAUUUAUCGACAUUUAAAUGUUAAUUAAUUGCUUCAUAGAUUUUAAAACUUAACAUUGAUAUCUUUGUCUGUGUUAUAAAUGUUUUCUUCAUAAGUUC